AUGUUCCGCACGUUGCCUGAACUCGGCAUCGAAUGCGCACGGAAACAACGUCUUGUCAGUCAUUACGAACGGGGCUCUGGUGCUCUCGAACUCUCGGAGGCACGAGACGUAAAUCUCCCCACGAUCUUUUCGCCGCCUCCAUUCACACCACCCUCCGCCCUCCCUUCCUCCGGCGCCGUCCCACUCCCUCCGUCCCUCCCACUGUCCCCAUUCCCCUUCAGCUACUCGGCUCCAUCAACGUCAACGUGCCGCACUCUCUGUCCCGCCCGCUCCCGCUCCCACUCAAUCGUUCGCAUGCACAUCGUCCUCAGGCCUCAGGCCACCACCGCCACCCCCUCAUCUCGUCUCGUCGUCCUCCUGUACCGCCACUCGCCCUCAUCGUCUAACAUCAACAGGCUGAGGGACGAGAUCGAUCGCUAA